AUGCAACGUUCAUCUUAUUUAUCAUCAUCUUCUUCAUCUUCAGAUGAUGAUUAUUAUGAUGAUCUAGAAAAUCAAGUGGUAUGUCAAAUUACUGCAAACAACAAUUUUUGCAUCACUCAACACCUCAAUAACGAUGGGUCACACCGGGGCUCAAUUCCUGGUCAUAUAGUUAUCAACCAUGACCGAGAAAAUGCUGAUCGCAAUCUCUUCAAUGACUAUUUUGCAGAAAAUCCCUGGUUUAAUGAUUCGAUGUUUCGACGAAGAUUUCGAAUGGGUCAUCCUUUAUUCUUUCGUAUAUUUGAUGCUAUACAAAGGCAUGACAAUUACUUCGUCCAACGAAAGGACGGACUCGGUAAACUUGGGUUGUCCGGCUUGCAAAAGGUAAUAGCUGUAUUUCGAAUGUUAGCAUAUGGUGUACUGGCAGAUGCUGCUGAUGAGUACAUAAAAAUUGGAGAAUCUACAGUUUUAGAAAGUUUGAAGCGAUUUUGCCGUGCUGUUGUCGAGGUGUUUGAAGCUCGCUAUCUACGAUCACCUAACGUUGAUGAUGUUGCAAGGCUACUCCACAUUGGUGAACGCUGGGGUUUUCCUGCUGAAGGUAUUGCUCCACCCGCUAAUUAUGUCAUCAAAGGUAAAGAAUAUAAUAUGGGUUAUUAUUUAGCUGAUGGUAUAUAUCCAAAAUGGUCUACUCUUGUUCAAAGUAUUCACGAUCCACGUGGUAAGAAAAAAAAGUUUUUUGCAAUGAAACAAGAAGCAUGUAGAAAAAAUGUAGAACGCGCAUUUGGAGUAUUGCAGUCAAGAUUUGCAAUCAUGGCAGGACCAGCGCGCUUAUGGAACAAGAGAGUGUUACAUGAUAUAAUGACUUCUUGUAUUAUUAUGCAUAAUAUGAUAAUAGAAGAUGAACGUGAUGUUAAUGCAACAACUGAAGAACGAGUUGACGUGCAAAGUCCAGAAGUGGAGAUGCUAGGUGAUGAUGAUACUCGGUUUCAAGAAUUCCUUGCUCGACAUAAAAAAAUUAGGGAUAAAGAAGCUCAUAUUGAACUUCGAAAUGCAUUAAUUGAACACUUAUGGGACGAGCAUGGUAACUCCGAGAAUUAGUUAAAUUUAAUCAAUCUAUCUACGUGUUAUUUAAGAGUUAAUUAAAUGUAACGGUUUUUUUCUUACCUCUAGUAAUGUAAUAUGUAUUUCAGUAAAUUUAAUAUGAUUUUUUUUUAAA